AUGCUCAAGGGCGACGACGGCUACCCGUCCCCCGUUGUCAGCGUCGCGCAGAUGGACAUGUCAUCCGAACUGGCCAACCAGGCCGCAGCCGAGGCCGCCGUCGCUGCAGCCAUCACCGAGGCCGCCAGCGCUGCGGAACGUGCCGAAGCUGCCGCCGAGCAAGAACAAGCACACGAACAGGCCAAAGCUCUGGCACAGGCCCAAGCCCACGUCGAAGCGGCGUCGGCGUCGUUGCGUGACCGCGAGCACACCGAUGCUCAGGCGCCGAACAGCGUCGGUGUGAGCGUUGCGGCCUCGCCGGCGCCCGUGGGCUCGUCUAUCGGUGUCACGGACACGGCCGCAUCGACCACCAUCCACCUCCCUCUCCCUGGGCCAGGCCACGGCCCGCCGCCUCCUCCGACAUACACGCGCUCCCGCGGUGGUGGUUUUACGUUUGGCGCGCCGCACCGCCAAGCGCCCGACUCGCCGCUGUCGAAUGCCCAGCAGCUGCUUGUCCUGCGCGAGUUCUAUUCCCGGAACCCAAACCCGGGCAAGAAGGAUCUCGAGAUCCUUGCUGAGCGGACGGGCCGGCCAUGGAACAAGAUCCGCGAGUAUUUCCGUCAGCGCAGAAACAAGCUGCGCGGCCUCGUCGACCUCGAAGGCAUGGAGGAGCCUGGACGCGCGACUGGAUGGCUGCAAGUGACCUACCGCGCUGGACCGUCCACGGCGACCGUCUCCCAGCUCUCCUUGUACAACGCGUACAAGACGCGCUUCGACCCGUACGCGGCCCAGAGCCCGCUCAUGGGCGGCCAGGAGCUCAUCCAGCUCGCAUGCGCCACGUUCCCCGGCUGCGAGAUGGCGCGCGACGAAGGUGACUAUGUCCUCCGUGGGCUGCGAGACAAGGACGGCGCGGCGGCCGAGGCCGAGUGGGACCGCGGGGUGGAUGCGCUGGUGGAGCCGCUGAGGGGCUCGACAUGGCUCCUGAACCACUUCCAGCACCAGUCCGACCCAGCUGCGCCGCCCUCCGUCUCCCAGACCGAGCUGUACUCUGCGUACGCGGCGCGCUUCUCGUCGCUCCUCCCAGACGCCGAAGAGGAGGAGACCACCGCCGACGAGCUCAAGGAGUUUGAGGCCGACAUGGGCGGCGCAGGCGACGACGCCGAGAUGGACGACAUCAACUCGUUCCUGCCGCCCGCGGCCGACGACGACACCCAGGCGCAAUCUCGCGACGAGGAUUCUGCCGCCGACGGGACCGGUGUGCGGGAACACCGUCUGCUCAACCCCGUCGAGCUCAUCACCCUCGCGCGCAUGACGUUCCCCAAGGCCGAGCCGGCCAUUGACGAGGACGGCCGCUUCGUCAUCCGCGGCCUGGAGCGGCGGGACGGCGUGGAGAAGGGCCGGGCGGGAAGGAGCAUUGACAUGUUCCCGUUCGCGCUCGCGGCGCAGCCCACACCGUCCGACCCCGCACACCCGUUCACGGCGUUGCUCAAGCGCAAGCUGGCGCUGCUGGCGCCCGAGCCCGAGCCCAAACGCCGCGCCGUCGGUGGCAUCGGCGUCAACAUUGGUGUACCACCCGUUGGCGUGGCACAGACGCAGCCCGAGCCCGAGCUCGAGCUCACCGACGAGGAGAGGGAGCUGCUCGAGGGGUUGCAGAGGUUCAAGGGCAGCAGGCUCGGACGCGAGGUGAGGGACGUGUGUGUGCAGCAGUAG